CUCAGUUUGUGUGUCUGCCUGGUUACUAGUUGAUGCGUGGGUAUUGACGCAACAAGUUCGAGUUAGUUUUAUGUUAUUUCUUUAUGGAACCGUGCGCAGUUUAAUAAGAGCCAUGACGACCUGGAUUACAGAACACAUUUAUCCACGUUCUGUCGGGGAAAGCAUUUGAGUUUUAAAAAACUGGGUCUUGGAAAGAUUGCAUAAUGCUGGGACGGUUCUUUUUUCCCGUAAUGCUGUCAAGGUCUGGAUCCAGGAUUUAAGUGCAACGGUCCCGCGACAAUUUCUCUUCGAAAGGAGUUGUUUCUUUUACCCGUCUACCCCGUGUUUAAACGCACAGGAUCUUGUUGGAUUACUUCUUAAAACAUAAAUUUAUGGAUACUUCAGGAUUGUGUGGAUAGAUUAUGCAUUCGGCAGGAUGGGUGCGAACAAUGGGAAACAAUGUGGAAGCGAGGGAAAAGGCAGUUCCAGCAUCUCCUCGGAUGUGAGUUCAAGUACGGAUCACACGUCGACCAAAGCCCCAAAGAAUGCAGCUACCAGCGAAGAUUCGGAUCUUAGCAUGCGGACCCUGAGCACGCCCAGCCCCGCCCUCAUCCUCCCCCCCAGCUCCUCCCACCUGCCGCACCCGGCCAAUGGGAGCUCCACCUCGUCCUCCUCCAUCACCGGGGAGACGGUCGCCAUGGUGCACGCCCCGCCGCCCGGUCUGAUCCGGCCCCAGGCCCGCGCCCGGGCCCCCCCCCGGGAGCAGCACGCCCCCGUGGACCUCCUCCCGGACCACGCCUUCCUGCAGAUCUUCGCCCACCUGCCGACCAAUCAGCUGUGCCGGUGCGCGCGGGUGUGCCGCCGCUGGUACAACCUGGCCUGGGACCCGCGGCUGUGGCGGGGCAUCCGGCUGACGGGGGACCUGCUCCAGGCCGACCGGGCGCUGCGGGUGCUGACGCGCAGGCUGUGCCAGGACACGCCCAACGUGUGCCUGAUGCUGGAGGCGGUGGUGGUGAGCCGCUGCCGCCGGCUGACGGACCGCGGCCUGCACACCGUGGCCCAGUGCUGCCCGGAGCUGCGGCGUCUGGAGCUGGCCGGCUGCUACAACGUCUCCAACGAGGCCGUGUUCGAGGUGGUGUCCCGCUGCCCCAACCUGGAGCACCUGGACGUCUCAGGCUGCUCCAAGGUGACCUGCAUCAGCCUGACGCGGGAGGUGUCCCUGAAGCUCCUCCCGAUGCACGGGCAGCAGAUCUCCAUCCGCUACCUGGACAUGACGGACUGCUUCGCCCUGGAGGACGAGGGCCUGCACACCAUCGCGGCGCACUGCACCCAGCUGACCCACCUGUACCUGCGGCGCUGCGUCCGCCUGACGGACGAGGGCCUGCGCUACCUGGUCAUCUACUGCCCGUCGGUGCGCGAGCUGAGCGUCAGCGACUGCCGCUUCGUCAGCGACUUCGGGCUGCGCGAGAUCGCCAAGCUGGAGGGCCGCCUGCGCUACCUGAGCGUGGCGCACUGCGGCCGCAUCACCGACGUGGGCGUGCGCUACGUGGCCAAGUACUGCAGCCGCCUGCGCUACCUCAACGCCCGCGGCUGCGAGGGCCUCACCGACCAGGGGCUGGAGCACCUGGCCAAGAACUGCCCCAAACUGAAGUCGCUGGACAUCGGCAAGUGCCCGCUGGUGUCGGACGCCGGGCUGGAGCUGCUGGCGCUGAACUGCUUCAACCUGAAGCGGCUGAGCCUGAAGGCGUGCGAGAGCAUCUCGGGCCGCGGCCUGCAGGUGGUGGCCGCCAACUGCUUCGACCUGCAGCUGCUCAACGUGCAGGACUGCGACGUGCCGCAGGAGGCGCUGCGCUUCGUCAAGCGGCACUGCAAGCGCUGCGUCAUCGAGCACUCCAACCCCGCCUUCUUCUGAGGGAACCCCCCCGGGGCAUCGGGCACUCCAACCCCGCCUUCUUCUGAGGGAACCCCCCCGGGGCAUCGGGCACUCCAACCCCGCCUUCUUCUGAGGGA